CAUGACUGCUCCUCACUGACUGACUGCUCCUCACUGACUGCUUAAUCUCGCCAGCUGAUGGCUCCUCUUUAUUCACCUCUCUUAUUUUGGAGCCAGAAGCAGGCUAUGAUAUUUUCUUGGCAGCUAAAGUGAUUUGUGACAGGCUGUGCCUGCUUGCACGCUGGCAACAUUAUUCCUCUUCCCCGGUGCUCCGUGAGCCUCAACAUGUAUAAGUUAUGCACCGCCGUCGUCCUGUGCUGCGCGUUUCUUCCAUGGUGCUCUGCAGCGCCAAAGACCCGGGCUGCGGAUCCCUGGUCCGAGUCUGAGCGCAAGGCAGAGGGACAUGACGGGCUGCAGGAGGAGGUGGAUGGUCAUGAGAGCAUCCUCUCUAAGCUGCUGGGUGAUUAUGACAAAGUGAAAGCCCUCUCGGAAGGCUCUGACUGUCGCUGUAAAUGUGUUGUCAGACCCCUGAGCAGGAGCGCCUGCCGGCGGAUAGAAGAAGGGAGCGCCGCUGCGCAGGACUUCUACAGCGUGGAGACGAUCACAUCUGGACCGCAGUGCAAGUGCGCCUGCAUCGCUCCUCCGUCAGCAGUCAACCCAUGCGAGGGGGAGUUCAGGCUGAAAAGACUUAGAGAAGCUGGAAAGGAGAAUGUCAAGCUUUCCACCAUCCUCGAGCUGCUGGAGGGCUCCUUCUAUGGGAUGGAUCUACUGAAGCUGCACUCCAUUACCAAUAGGCUGCUGGAUCGCAUGGAUAACAUGGAAAAGGCAGUAGCUUUGAACCACACCAGGGUUGAGGUGAAGCCCCAGGGGAGCCCUUCAAUCCAGGCAGAUGCGACUAAGAGCCCAACCACCCCUCCUCCGCACCGACAUCAGGACCAGAAGAGACCAAGUGAGGUCAGCAGGACCGCAGCAUAUCAAGACACAGAUCUUAAUAUAACAGAUGAUGAAGAGAAACAGCAUGAGGAGAAGUUUACUGGGGGAAAUUCGUCCUUCCUAAAGACAGAUGGCUCUGCUCAGAUCACUGAGGUCAAACCUCAGAUGACUCCCAGAAACGUGCCUAACAAGGAGGCUUCUCAGGUGACGAAGACCGGCAGCAACGGAAUGAUCAUAAGAGGAAUGACUUUUUAUAAAUCGGAGCCAGAUCCGAUGGUGGCAGACGACGGGGAGCCUGGAGAGAACUUUUUUGAGUAUCAUGGAUUCAGUGGUGAAGGACCAGUUAGCCUCUACAUUGAGGAGGAUCUAAUACAACACAAAGUCGCUCGCCCCAAGACGAGGAUGGGACCAAGAUCAUUUCGACCUUCGCAAAGUUCCACAAAGAUCAGCCAAUCAGCAAAACCUAAAGAAACUGAGCCCACCUCAAAAACUCAUUACGAGUUUGUCAGUACCGCUGGAACCACAUUGAUGGAUGUGUCUACAGUUGUGCAGAGUGACGCAUCCACAACGAGAAGCGUCACGUUUGGACCAACCACUAUCACAAAGAGAACCAUGAUCACAGACACUGGACCUCAAACUACUCAGAGAGUCACUGCUGGAUUCACUAAGUGGCCAUUGCCUUUGAUGACUGAACCAUCUGGCACUUAUUUAAGCAUCACUGCCAAGGAAACAACCAAAACUACAAUGAACACACCCAAACCAUCCGAAAACACGGCCACAAAAGAAGUCCUACCAGCAUUCACAACAACAAACAUACCAUCCAUCAUGGUGGAAACCUCAACCCAGGAGGUGAAGGAACAAAUGCAAACCAUGUUGGGCACCACUGCAGCUCUUUCAAGCACACAUACGCCAAAUACAGCCACAGAGGCUUCGACUACCAUUCCGACUUCUACUACAACCAUCACAACCCAUGCUCCCCUGACCUCAGCACCAAUACACCCCACAACAGCCUUCGCACCGGCUACCUCCACACCGGCUGCUGCCACAACACCAGAUGAAGAAACUGAAUCCACCGUCUUAUCAGGCUCCACUUUGCCUCCUACCACACAGAGACUGAUCACUACGUCUCCCCACACUUCUCUGCCUCUCACCACACCUGUGACUACCCCUUCGACAGCUGCCACCACCACCACCACCACCGCUGCCACCACCACCACCACCACCACCACCACCACCGCCACCACCACCACCACCAGACAGGCCGCCCAAGUCAAACAUAAAUACAAAAUCAGCUGGGAGGAGGAAGAGGGGGAGGAGGGAAAACCAGAAUUAGACGAGCCGAUGCAAAGGCAGGAGGAAUCUCCCUCGAGAAAAACUGGGGAGUGCAAGGACACGUUGGCAACAAUUUCGGAGCCAGUAACUCACAACACUUAUGGGAGGACUGAAGGAGCAUGGAUGAAGGAUCCAAUGUCUGAUAGUGACAAGAUUUAUGUCACAAACUUCUACUACGGAAAUAAUCUACUGGAGUUCCGCAACCUGGAGGUUUUCAAAGGAGGCCGUUUUACCAACGCAUACAAGCUUCCUUACAACUGGAUUGGCACCGGGCACGUGGUCUACGAAGGGGCUUUCUUCUAUAACCGUGCCUUCUCCCGUGACAUCAUCAAGUUUGACCUGCGUCGGCGUAACGUGGCCGCCUGGACCAUGCUGCACGACGCUCUGAUCGAAGAGUCGGCAUCGCUGUGGGAGUGGCGGCGCCACUCGGACGUCGUCUUUGCUGUGGACGAGAGCGGCCUGUGGAUCAUCUACCCGGCCCUCGACGAUGAGGGCUUCUUACAGGAAGUGAUUGUUCUGAGUCGACUGGACCCCUCAGACCUCAGCAUACAGAGGGAGACCACCUGGAGAACCGGGCUCAGGAGAAACUACUACGGGAACUGCUUCAUCGUGUGCGGCGUCCUGUACGCUGUUGACAGCUACAACCAAAGGGACGCCAAACUGGAAUACGCCUUCGACACGCACACGAACACUCAGAUGACUCCCAGAAUGCCCUUCACCAACAACUACACCUACACCACGCAGAUUGACUACAAUCCCAAAGAGGGCGUUUUGUAUGCGUGGGACAACGGACACCAAGUCACAUACAACAUUAAGUUUGCCUACGUAGACCCGUAGUAAAGGGCUGAUAGUAGUUAUUUUUAAAAGUUAAUUGUAUGGUUUGAAUGGAUUGUAGAUCAGUCCACAUGGCCUUCAGUAUGGAGACAAAUGAGAGCCAAAUGUACAAAUAAUCUGAAGUUUAUUGUGACUAAAUUGUUUUGUUCUUUUGUUCUGUUUUAAAUUUUGAUAUGAAAUGAUGAGCCCGAUUCCUCAGUCAACACAUCAAGUAGUACUGUAUACGUUGUAUUACUGUAAAAAAAAAAAAAAAAAAAAAAGAAAGCCCUGUGAGAUAAAUGAAUGUAGAAAGGUGUCAGAACCAGCUCACGUCUUGGGUCAAAUAUCGCUUUAACAAUUCACAUAAACAAAGCAAUUCAUAGAAAAGCUACUCUUUGAACAAAUCCCCAAAUUAUGUGGAGAAAUUCCAUGUUUCUGUUUUAUACACAUGAUUUUGUAUUUCAUUGUUCUUUGCAUGAUAUGCCGCAGGUCGUCUGUGUGGUACUGUCGCAGGUGUUGCUGUUGACCUUUGUCUUGGGAAAGCACUUACCCUCCCUCCAUAUCAGUUUUUGAAGAGACUGCAAUAAAGUUG